UUUCUCAAACCCGCGUAUUCUUUUCCUUCCCCUUUACAAAACCUCCUUAUUGUUCCAAUUUUACCAAAUACUAUAAACCAUAAUUUAAUUUUUUCUCUCCAUAACAUAUCUUUCUUAUUUCCUCUUAUUGUUUUAGUUUUACCAAAUAUCAUAAUAUCGAAACAUGAAUGAUCUUUUUUCAGGAUCGUUUUCUCGUUUCAGAGAAAACGAUCAAUCAUCAUCACCACCACCACCACAAGACAUCGAGAUGGGCGACACCACAGGUGGAGUCAAUCUUGAUAAGUUCUUUGAGGACGUAGAAGUCAUUAAAGACGAGCUAAAAAACCUGGAAAAACUCUUCUCUCAACUCCAAGCUUCCAACGAAAAAAGCAAGACUCUUCACAAUGCAAAAGCUGUUAAGGAUUUACGAUCCAAAAUGGACGAAGACGUUUCAAUGGCUUUAAAAAAAGCAAAGUUUAUUAAAGUCAGACUCGAAGCGUUGGAUAGGUCCAACGCUUCGAAUCAGAGUCUCCCCGGGUGUGGCCCGGGGAGUUCGUCCGAUAGGACGAGAACUUCGGUUGUUAAUGGAUUGAGGAAGAAAUUACAAGAGUCUAUGAAUCAGUUUAAUGAGUUGAGGCAAAAAAUGGCAAGUGAAUAUAGAGAAACGGUUGAAAGAAGGUAUUAUACUGUUACUGGAGAAAAACCUGAUGAAGAAGUUCUUGAUACACUCAUAUCUACAGGUCAAAGUGAGACAUUCUUGCAAAAGGCAAUACAAGAACAAGGAAGAGGACAAGUGAUGGACACAGUAAUGGAAAUUCAAGAAAGGCAUGAAGCUGUUAAGGAAUUAGAGAGAAAUUUAAAAGAACUUCACCAAGUAUUUUUGGACAUGGCUGUUUUAGUGGAAUCUCAAGGAGAACAACUUGAUGAUAUUGAGAGCCAUGUGAAUAGGGCUAAUUCAUUUGUUAGAGGGGGUGCUCAACAAUUACAAGUGGCAAGAAAACACCAAAAGAAUACAAGAAAAUGGACUUGUUUUGCUAUUAUUCUUUUGCUUAUCAUCAUAUUGGUGGUGGUUCUUUCUAUUCAGCCAUGGAAGUAAUGAGAUGGUCAAAGGUCUUUGAUUUAGUUGGUUGGACCCUUUUUUU